CAUGAACAAUGAUUUGAGUGUUAAAAGUGCGACCCAAUUAAAGAGAAGCCAAUUAAGAGUUGUGCCACCUUUAAUGAGUUGUGACUUGAGCCACCAAACCAUAAGAGUACAUUUAUUGAUAAUGCUUGUUGACCCUCCAUUUGUAUCCAAUGAAUAAUUAAAAUUCAUGGAAAAUUGGUCCCUUCCCAUAAAUUUUAUGGUUGCCUUAGAAUGUGUAUAUGUGAAAUUAAAAGUCCCUUCAACACAAUGAUGUGUUUGAUAUAUAAAUACCUUGAAAGUUGAUCAAGAAGAGAUACUAUAGAGUCGACAAUUGAC